AAAGUUUUCAAAAAUGGCUGGAAUGUCUGGUAAAGUAUUCCAGAAGUUUAUAGAGGUUGCUUCACCUCACAUGCCUAUACUAAAAGAUUCAAAAUUCAAAGAAACUGGCGUUUUAACUCCAGUUGAGUUUGUUUUAGCUGGUGAUUUCCUGGUGUAUCACUGUCCCACAUGGCGAUGGGAGACUGGGGACGAGAAAAUGACAAAAGAUUGGCUCCCAAAAGACAAACAGUUCUUAUCUACCAGAAACGUGCCGUGUUACCAGCGGUUAAAGCAGAUGCAGCAUACAGAUGAAAAUGAGGUGAUAUUAGAUGAAGAUGAUCCUGAAGGAGGCUGGGUCGAUACCCAUCAUAACUUAGAUACGACAACUGCUAAAAUAACUGAUUCCAUGGAUGAUAUGAACAUCGAGGACAAGCCGCGAUUGUUAACGGACACACCUGUAGCUGACGAAGAUGAGGAAAGCGCAGGGGAAAUGACCGAUGACGAAGAGGAUGGCCCGGAGGUUGAGGAUAACGACCCAGCAGAAUUGCGACCUUCAUCCAAACAGACAGACAAACCUACAGAAAGUAAUACUGUUAACAUGCGGUCCUACGAUCUGUAUAUUACUUAUGAUAGGUACUAUCAGACCCCGAGAAUGUGGUUAUUUGGCUACAACGAAACCAGACAGCCUCUCACCAUCGAGGAAACUUAUGAGGACAUCUCCUCCGAUCACGUGAAGAAGACGGUAACACAAGAAAACCACCCUCAUUUCGCGGGUCCCGGAAUGUUAUCCAUACAUCCUUGCAAGCACGCAGAGGUGAUAAAACGUAUCAUCGAGCAAACAGCUCAAGGAGGCAGAAGCGAAGUUCAGGUGGACAUGUAUCUGCUAAUAUUCCUAAAGUUCGUGCAGUCGGUCCUGCCCACCAUCGAGUACGAUUACACUCAGCAGUUCACGAUGCAUGGUUAAUGACAUCACAUCACGGUCAAUGACGUCACAUCUUCUCCUAAUGACGUCACAUCUUCUCCUAAUGACGUCAUGCUACUCGUCUGUUCCGCGCACAACUUCUUAUCAUCCCACCAAUUUCACGAUGUUGAACGUUUAGGAAAAAUGUUUUUUUCUUUCUUGAUAAUUUAGGUGUUUUAAAGGCGACUUUUUGCAUGGAUUAAUGAUGUUGGUUUCUAAGUGCGGUUGCAUUUUUAGGUUUGUGUUUUAAGUUGUCGCUCAUAUUUUUGGGUCAGGGUUCAUAGGUGGUUGUUUGGAAAACUUUCCUGUUCUGAUUAUAGCAGAUAUGGAUUUUGGCCUAUUUGUACUGUACAUUAAUUUCACUGAAAAAUGUUUAUUGCUUUAGAAAAACUAAAAAAACCAUGCUGAACUGGCACAUUGUUUCGGAUUCUAGCCUGUAUCAAUAAUUAUGCAACGACAUACAGUUUCCAACGUUUUCCAAACAGCCCGGCAGUUUUUCCUGAAAUUAGGGUUUAGCUGUUAUCACCAGUAUACAAUAUAUUUGCACGCUAUCUGAGCAGUAAGAGAAUACUAUACACGUCCGUCUUUCCUACGCUUUUUUGAACUUUUAUAUUAAAAAUCGUUUGUGAUGAAGUUCCGAUAAUAAUGAUAAGACGAAAUGAUUCUUGUGAUUGAUAAAAAGUUUUUUACAAAACAUAGGUUGGCUUUUUUGUUGUUGUUGAAGUGCUGUUGAUUCCAUUUCGUGCAACUGUAAAGCAUUUACUUGAUUUUGAUCAAUAUCUUGAUACGGUCAUAACUUAUGAUACGUAUCAUGCAAUGAUCGUAACUUAUGAUGCGUCAUUUAAAAUUAUGUGUAUCUGUCGGCUCAGAUUUUGUUAUGUUUUGAUUUUGGAUAUUUCAUUCGUUAAAA